AUGUCGAGUCUUCUUGCUCAGCUUGGCCUCGGCCUCGUCAUCUACGUGGUUCUUACACUCUUUCUCUAUACGCUCUCGCUCCUCAUCCCAGUCGCUGGCUUCGGGGCGCGCCUGCUCGCAGCGUAUGCCUCUCUCUUAGUAUGCGCCUCGGCCGGUGUGGUUUCCUCCGCCUGCCUUCACAUUGUCGGUUACCCGCGCAUCUCGCAGUGGUUCGUCGCGCGCUGCUUUAAGCAUCUUAUGCGGUACACGACAGGCCUGACCUUUAUCGUCGAUGAUCCGCAAGACUACCUGAAUCAGACACGGCCAGCCAUAUUCAUCGGUAACCACCAGACGGAGCUUGACGUACUGAUGCUCGCCUGCAUCUUUCCCAAGUGGUGCUCGGUGACGGCGAAGCGCUCGCUUCUCAAGGUUCCUUUCCUCGGCUGGUUCAUGCGUCUCUCCGGCACCGUCUUCAUAGAUCGCACCAACCCACUUAAUGCGCGUCAGGCCAUGGCCGGCGCCGCCACGGAGAUCCAGCGCCAUCGUCAGAGUGUCUACAUGUUCCCCGAGGGCACGCGGAGCUAUGCCCGCGAUCCCAUCCUCUUGCCAUUCAAGAAGGGCGCCUUCCAUCUCGCUGUCCAGGCCCAAGUACCUCUCGUGCCAGUUGUCGUAGCCAAUUAUUCGCACCUCCUCGAUCCGAGCGCUCUUAUCUUUCGUGCCGGCCGGAUACCCAUUAAAGGUAGCGCCCCACUAGUCCUACCUCCAAUCGAGACCAAAAACCUCACCACAGCUGAUGUAGACGCGCUUACGCGUCAGACUCAUGAACUAAUGCGCAUCGAGCUCGAAUCUUUGACUUGCAAAGCACGAGGUCUUCCCAUUCCAAUGUCGUCUCCUCAAAGUGACGACAGAGAACUCGUCAUGGCCAUCAGUGGAACAAACGCGACCCGGUAA